CUGCCAUCACUUACGCCACAAGAUUGUGUAGGAUAACAACUUUAGGUUAAAGCAAUGAAUGUUAAGAAGGCAUUGGUUUAUGCAAAAUUGGUCAUGGGUGAUUGCUUCAUAUAAGGCUGAAUUCAAAGACUCUGUACUUUCGUCAGCUGUAGGCCAGUUGGUGUGCGGAUGAGCCGAGCAACGCAGAGCUGCGGACAUCAGGAAUUUAGCUACAAAAUCGUAUCGUCUGCUUGGCACUAUGGCGAGUACCAGCAUAAGAAUUCACCAGUUAGUCAUUCCGCUGGUUAUAUUCCUCCUCGCUGGGCAAUGCGAGUCCACACCGACGGUCGAACAGAAGCGAUUGAAGCUUCUUUAUUACACCGCCUCAGACGACGGCAGUCAUCACCUGACCAACAUUAAGAUCGCCGAAGCUCUUGUCCGGAAAGGGCAUGACGUCACCUUCCUCCUUAGCGACAGCUGCACAAAAUGGCGGAAUGCCGACGGGGCUGACAUGUUCAGGUUUGCCGUGCACCGGUCGCUGUACACGGCGGAGGACCGGGAGCGGAACCUCCGGGCGAUCUCUCGUCUGGGCUUGACCGGAGAGCUUCGUGGACUGGCCAAUGCUGCUAGGUUCUACAUCGGGCAAAAGUUUUUCUCCAACGCAAAGACUCCGCAGCUGUUGUUCGAUUUCCACACGAACGAAUGCGACAGCCUUCUGGGGGACAACGCGACGAUUAGUGCAAUGAGAGAGGAGAGCUUCGACCUGCUGAUCGGGGAGGAUCUGUCUGAUUGCCACCCGCUGCUAGCAGAGAUUUUGGGAAUCAAGUUUGUCCUGGUCAGUGGAACGGGCAUUAUCCCUUCCAAAGGAAGCUGGUACGGCAUUCCAAACCACCCAGCCUACAUACCUGAACGCCAGGCAGGCCUGACUGACCAGAUGAACCUCCUUCAGCGUGUGAAGAACACGUAUUUAUACUUUAUCAACAACCAGGCCAGGCGAUCCAUGCUUUGGAAGUACGAGGACCUGCAAAGGAAGUACAAACUAAUGCCGGAGAAGCGGAUGCCGGAGAUGUUGGCCCAGGCUCAGCUCUGGCUGUUCUACGGGGACUUUGGGCUGGAGUUCGCCCGACCCUUGCAGCCCAACACUGUGGUGCUCGCCUCGCCCAUGCUGGGUCUCCCUUCCGACGAAAAGAUACCGAGGGAUCAGCAGGAAUUCCUCGAUGCCGCCGACGAGGGCGUCGUCCUGUUUACGCUUGGCGGUCACGUGAACGACAUGGAAACUGCGCAGGCUCAGAUGUUUGCCAACGGAUUGGCCAAGCUGAAGCAGCGCGUCAUCUGGCAGUUCCCUGGCAGCCUGUCGCAUUUGCAAAUCGGGAACAACACAAAGGUUGUACAAUGGAUGCCACAGCAGAAGAUACUGGCUCAUCGGAACACCAAGGCGCUGUUGAGUCACGGCGGGUUGAACGGCAUGUACGAGGCGGCUUGGUACGGCCUACCCAUGGUCGGUAUACCCCUCUUCGGUGACCACUUCGACAACAUGGAGCGAGCAGUCGCUAAGGGGAUGGCUUUGCAGUUGGACAUCGCCACGUUGACAGAGGACGCCCUCUACGACACGGUCGCUCGCGUUAUUGAUGACCCAAGAUAUCGCAAGAGGGCGCAAAACAUCUCGCGCCUACUGCGCGACGAUCCUGUCAUCCCGUCCGAGAAGGCAGCCCACUGGAUCGCCCACGUGGGCAGGUACGGUGGGGAGUACUUGCGCCCUCGCGCGGCCGACCUCAGCUGGAUCCAGUACCACCUGCUGGACGUGUACGCCUUCCUGGCCGCCAUUUUGUUCGGUGUGCUCGGUGUGUUGCUUCUAGGCUGCAAGGGGUUUAUUUGGAUUGUGUGUCGCAACCGCAAGCAGCAGCAGAAGAUAAAAGUGAACUAACGAAGUUCAGAUCAUUUUUUCCCUUUCAAAUAAACCAGAAAGUUGCGGCCCAAUCGUGUUUCAAAGGUUUCUAUUCUGAGCCAUAUAGAAUUAUACACAAAUGCAAAUCACUACUUCGUUUUCCAAUUUUAUAUAAUUUCAGAAAAGGGCUUGGAGUGUUAGUGUAAUAUUUGGGAUUUAUGUAAAUAAAGACGCAAUACAAAGUCCAAGAGCACAGUAUCCAUACAAAGAUCAAGGCAGCUAUGCUUUAGUUAGUGUUGCCAACUCAAUGGUGACAAGAAGGAGAACUGCGAUCUCCUAUUGGCAGAGCACCAGUAAUUGGUCUUCAAUUGGUUGAGAGUUCAGACCCCCGUCGUUGAAAAAUAAAAAUUUGUAAAUGAAUCGUUUCUUCCCAUUGUAUUUACAUGACUUUUUGUUUUAAUGAAACGCUCAAGUUGUAAAUAAUUGUAAACCCACGCAUAUGGUUUAUAAUGUCAGAUAUAAUUGUAGUAUAUUGUGUUACACGGCGAUUUUUCCCCUUUUUUUCAACUGGAUUAAAUGAUUGGUAGAUAAUUAAUGCAGUGGUUUUUUUUUACUAUCGUUGAUAUUGUAUGCCAUAGCAAAGAGAAAACAUAAUAUUUUGGAAAUCUCAUGGCAUAACUGUGGCUUACUCAUUUCAUGACGCAGCGUACUUCGCGCGUGCCUGAGAGCGUCGGAAUCAGACGAAUAAUUAAUGCACUCGCACCGUUAGUAGCCUCGUAUUUCUGUGAUUUCUAGCAGGUUAGAGUCCAGCCUUUAUUCUGGUUACAAGAGUUGCGUUCAUGCAAUUUCCUUUCUUUUUGUGAGUUGACACAGUCGAUAGUUAUUUAUUUGUACCUUGGUUGCAGUCGUGAACAUCACGAUAACCCAAUGACCCCAACCAGUGUAGAAUAAACAUUCAUGUGUUUUCAUUCUCUGUUCAA